AUAGACGAGGUACGCCAGAUCGGGUCGUACAAGAAGGGGACGAUGGUGACGGGCCACAACGUCGCUGAUGUCAUCGUCAUCCUGAAGACACACCCGACGAGGGAGGCCGUACAGGUCCUGGCCAAGAAGCUGCUCGAGAUGCUCAAGCUGCAUGAACCUGGUGAUUCGCUGGUGAUGUCGAUGCUGCCUGACGACCGCGGGUUCGAGGUGAGCAACGGCGAGGCGAGCGUGCGCGUGCUGAUCACGACGCUGCACCAGCACCUGCAGCAGCUCGACCCUGACAGACACCUCGACUACAAGAUCCUGCAGUCACACCUGGCGGCUAUACGGCAUAGCCGCUGGUUCGAGGAGAACGCUCACCAUUCCACCAUCAAAGUGCUGAUCCGCCUGCUGCGCGACCUGCGCUUGCGCUUCGUCGGCUUCGAACCACUGAAUCCAUGGAUGCUCGACCUUCUAGCGCACUACGCGAUCCUGAACAACCCCAGCCGCCAGGCGCUGCCCGUCAACGCGGCCUUCAGGCGCGUCCUGCAGCUCCUCUCUGCCGGCCUCUUCCUGCCCGGCUCUGCUGGCAUCACGGACCCGUGUGAGGGCGCGAACAUCCGUGUGCACACGGCGAUGUCGCUGGAGCAGCAGGACGCGGUGUGCCUGACGGGCAGACGUUGCUCAGGGUCCUGGGGCCAUGGUGGCUACAGGCAGGUCUUGGGGCUCGAGGGUAACUCCUGCAUCGCGACGGAGAUGCCGGUGUGGGACGGCGACGUCGUGUCAGCCCUCGACAGCGCCUACGAGCGCCCCCCUGACCGCAGCCUGGACAAAGAGGACGGCGUGGACGGCGACGAGGACGACAUGGACGGCGUCGUCGUAUCUGCCCUCGACAGCGCCUACGAGCGCCCCUCUGACCGCAGCCUGGACGACGAGGACGACAUGGUCGGCGACGAGGACGGCAUGGACGGCGACGAGGACGGCAUGGACGGCGACGAGGACGGCGUGGACGGUGCCGACUAG